AUGCUUCGAGAAACAAGUAGUGAUGAUUCAGAUAUGUCUUUUUCCUUGAAACGUAAAUAUACGAAUGUAUCAAAAAAUAUCAAGAAAAUUAGAAAUGCUGACGUUGGAUUCGAUUCUGAAAGACAGCUUUGUUCGGAAAUUGCUUCUGUUGGGAGAACUAUUUCAGAGAAUUUAUCAUAUUCAAGACAUGAGAAUUUUUCUGAUACUGUGGAUACUAUUGAAUCGAAAAAUCAUUUAUUAGCUACAAAGACAACGUCUGAAAUAUAUCAGAAGCUUUCACAAUUAGAGCAUAUUUUAAAACGACCAGAUACUUAUAUAGGGAGUAUUGAAUUUACGUCUCAACACAUUUGGGUUUAUGAUGAUAAUACAAAUGCUAUGAAAUAUAGGGCUUGUUUUUUUAAUAGGCAAGUAUCAAUUGUUCCUGGUUUAUAUAAAAUAUUUGAUGAGAUUCUUGUUAAUGCUGCUGAUAAUAAAAUACGGGAUCCAAAUAUGGAUACGAUUAAGGUUGAAUUUAGUCGAGAGAAAAAUGUUAUAUCUAUUUAUAAUAAUGGUCGUGGAAUACCAAUAGAAAUUCACAAUAAAGAAAAAGUAUGGAUUCCUGAGCUUAUUUUUGGUCAUCUUUUAACAUCAAGUAAUUAUGAUGAUGAGGAAAAGAAAGUAACUGGUGGUCGUAAUGGGUAUGGUGCUAAGCUUUGUAAUAUAUUUUCAACAGAAUUUAUUGUUGAGACUGCUGAUAGAGCAACUAAAAAAACAUAUAAACAAGUUUUUUUGAAUAAUAUGACUAAAAAAAAGGAUCCCGUUAUUAAAGAAAAUAAAAAGGAUGAAGAAUAUACUCGAAUUACCUUUAAACCGGAUCUUGAAAGAUUUGGUAUGAAAGAGAUAGAUUCUGAUCUUGAAUCUGUUUUUAAAAGACGCGUUUAUGAUUUAGCAGGUAGUGUUAAAAAUGUAAAAGUGUUUCUUAAUGGGGAGAGGAUUAAGGUUAAAUCGUUUAAACAGUACAUAGAAAUGUAUCUCAAUUCUGAUGAUUCUGAAAAUAAUUUGAAACCUACAAUAAUUCAUGAAGUUGUAAAUGAUAGAUGGGAGGUUGCUUUUACCGUUAGCGAUGGUCAAUUUAAUCAGGUUAGUUUCGUUAAUAGUAUAGCAACUACUCGCGGAGGAACUCAUGUUAAUUAUGUUUCUGACCAAAUUGUUUUAAAACUUAUUGAAGCUGUAAAGAAAAAAAAUAAGAAUAUUCCUAUUAAACCAUUUCAAGUCAAAAAUCAUAUUUGGGUUUUUAUUAAUUCUCUUAUUGAGAAUCCUUCUUUCGAUUCUCAAACGAAAGAAACAUUAACAUUAAAGCAAACUGCAUUUGGUUCAAAGUGUAUUCUUAGUGAUGAUUUUAUUAAGAAGGUUUUGAAAACGCCUAUUAUGGAGAAGAUUUUGGAUACUGCUCAGAAAAAAGCUGAUCAAUUGAUGAAGAAAACUGAUGGGUCGAAGAAAAUGCGAAUCACUGGUUUACCUAAGCUUGAAGAUGCUAAUAAAGCUGGAACUAAGGAAGGUCAUAAAUGUACACUUAUUUUAACUGAAGGUGAUUCUGCAAAAUCUUUAGCUAUGUCUGGUAUUGGUGUGGUUGGUCGCGAUUAUUUUGGAGUUUAUCCGCUUAGAGGAAAAUUGUUAAAUGUUCGUGAAGCAUCACAUGAACAAAUUAGCAAAAAUGCUGAAAUUAAUGCUAUAAAGCAAAUUAUGGGCCUUCAACAUAAAAAGGUAUAUACUUCUACUUCUGAAUUACGCUAUGGGCAUUUGAUGAUUAUGACUGAUCAAGAUCAUGAUGGGAGUCAUAUUAAGGGUUUGAUUAUUAAUUAUUUGGAAAGUUCGUUUCCAUCUUUAUUGGAGAUACCGGGAUUUUUAAUUGAGUUUAUUACUCCAAUUGUAAAAGCAACAAAAGGAACUCAGGAAAAGACGUUUUUUACUAUCCCUGAGUAUGAGUAUUGGAAGGAGUCUGUUGAUAAUGCUAAAGGGUGGAAAAUAAAAUAUUAUAAAGGAUUAGGUACUAGUUAUGGUAAUGAUGUUAAAAAAUAUUUUUCUGAUUUAGAUACACAUUUAAAAGAGUUUCAUUCCAUUAGAGAAGGUGAUAAAGAAUUGAUUGAUAUGGCUUUUUCGAAAAAAAAGGCAGAUGAACGAAAAGAAUGGUUGAGACUUUUUAAACCAGGGACUUAUAUGGAUCAUACUUUAGAUAAAAUACCGAUAUCUGAUUUCAUUAACAAGGAGCUCAUUUUAUUUAGUAUGGCAGAUAAUAUUAGAUCGAUUCCUUCUGUAGUGGAUGGUUUAAAACCUGGACAGAGAAAAGUUAUAUUUGGGUGUUUUAAAAGAAAAUUAAAAAGUGAAAUUAAAGUUGCACAAUUAUCAGGAUAUAUUUCUGAGCAUACUGCAUAUCAUCAUGGAGAGCAAAGUCUUACACAAACGAUAAUAGGAUUAGCACAAACAUUUGUUGGAAGUAAUAAUAUUAAUCUCAUGAAACCCAAUGGGCAAUUUGGUACUCGUUUGCAAGGUGGGAAAGAUGCUGCAUCUCCACGUUAUAUUUUUACUGAGUUGUCUCCUUUGACACGGAAAAUAUUUGUAGAAUCAGAUGAUGCAUUGUUAAAUUACCUUAAUGAAGAUGGUCAAUCUAUAGAACCUCUUUGGUAUGUUCCUAUAAUACCUUUAAUUCUUGUGAAUGGAUGUGAAGGAAUUGGAACGGGAUGGAGUUCUUAUAUACCUAAUUUUAAUCCUAUUGAUUUAGUUAAUAAUAUUCGUAGAAUGAUGAAUGGUGAGAAAUUAGAGCCAAUGCAUCCAUGGUACCGUGGUUUUAAUGGAAGUAUUGAAAAACAAGGUGAUAAGUACAAGAUUUCUGGGUGUAUACGUCAGAUAGACGAUACGACUGUUGAAAUUACAGAGCUUCCUAUAAGAUUUUGGACUCAGGAUAUGAAAGAGUUUUUAGAAUUAUCUGUUGUAGGAUCAGAUAAAGUACAACCUUUUAUAAAAGAUUAUUCAGAAUAUCACACUGAUACUGUGGUUCAUUUCAUUAUAAAAUUAACCGAGAAGGGAAUGGCUGAGUCUUUAGCUCAAGGCCUUGAGGAAAAAUUUAAACUAAUAAAAAUUCAAAAUAUGACAAAUAUGGUUGCUUUUGAUUCUUCAGGGCGUAUAAAAAAAUACAACUCAGUAGAAGAAAUUCUUUUGGAAUUUUACAACAUUCGUUUGCAGUUUUAUCAAAAAAGAAAGGAUUAUCUUGUAAAUGAAUUGGAAAGUCAAUAUAAUAAAUUAUCUAAUCAAGUAAGAUUUGUUAAAAUGGUUAUAAAUAAGGAGCAGGAUUUUUUAAACAGAAAACGCAAAGAUCUUCUUGAUGAUUUAAAAUUAAAGGGUUUUAUCCCUUUUCCAAAAAAUAAGCAUAUAUCUGUUGAUAACGCUACUGAAACUUCUAAUAAUUUAGCAGAGAAUGAUGAUGAUGAUGCUACUGGUUAUGAUUAUUUGUUAAGCAUGCCUUUAUGGUCAUUAACUGCAGAAAAGGUAGAGAAAUUGCUUAAGGAUAAGCUAGAUAAAGAGAAUGAAUUAGAGUCGCUUUUGAAACUUACUGUUAAAGAUUUAUGGAAUAAAGAUUUAGAUAAUUUUGUUGAAGAAUGGGAAAUGUUUCUGAAGCAUGAUGAAAAUCUUACUUCAAAGGUUAAAAAUUUGAAAAAGGAUAAAAGGAACUCUCAAAAGCUAGGCAUAGUAACUCAAAAAUCAGUAGUUAAAAAACGAGCAGUAAAUUCUCAGAAUAAACCAUCUGAUGUUGAUUAUAAACCGUUUUCAAAAAAAACUUUACUUUCGGCUAAACAAACAACACUGCCUUUUAGUGUUAAGAAUGUAAAAGAUACUGAUGUUGACUUUUUGAAAAAUCAAGAAUCGUCUAAUAAAGUCAUAAAUGAAUCAGUAGUUGCCGUAGAGAAUGAUCAAGUAUUUGCAAAAACGGAUGCUACUGCUGAGAGAAAAUAUGGGGCAAAUGCUAUUAUUGUGCCAUCAUUAAAAGGAGAUUUGUCGGAUGAUAGUGAUACUGAUUAUAUGGAUGAUUUAGUCAAGAAAUAUACUAUAAAUCCAUCGGGCGGAAAAAGUAUGACUUCAUAUAUAAAGUCUGUAUCUCCUAGUCCUAAAAAAACAAAAAUAGCGUUAUCUACAAAGUCUCGAUCUCCGCCUAAAAUGUCGACUCUUUUGGAUUCGAGUCCUGAUUAUGUUGUACCUAUAACAAAGUCUUCUACGAAAACAAUACAUAAGAAAAAGAAAACUUUAGCUAGAAAAAUUAAUAUAAAUGAUUCAGAAAUUGAUAUUCCUGUUCGAAGUGAUAUUUCUCAGCGACCAAGACGUCAAGUUGCUGUUCAAGCUCGUCAACGUGUUGUGGCUAUUAUUAAUUCUGAUGAUAAUGAUACAACAUUAGAUAGAUCAUCUUUAUCAAGCGAAUUCGAUGGUUCAUCUUCAUAA